AUGCCCAUAGAAACGUGCAGACUGUACCGCAUGCCUACAUUUACCGAGAGCUCUGCUUGUUUGAACCAAUCACAUAGCAGUCUUUUGUCACAUGAUUAUCCAACAUGGCUUCCUGAGUUCAUUGUCGACUGGAACUGAAAAUUUGGGUGGUUGUUUUUUAUAAUUCUGAUCUACGCAAUUACAAGAUGAAGUUGCGCGUACAACUACAGUGUAAAAACCUUCAUGAAUACUUAAAAGAACUGAGUCCAGAUGUACUGGACCGACUGUACAACCACCCUGCGACCUGUCUGGCUGUCUACAGGGAGCUGCCUGCACUGGCGAAAAACUAUGUGAUGCGCAUGCUCUUCUUGGAUCAGCCCCUACCCCAGGCUGCGGUUUCAUUGUGGGUCAAGAAAGAUAGUCAGAAGGAUCAUGAUGAAUGUGUGUCUGUGUUGUCGGGGCUACGUCUCUGGCACACUCAACAUCUUCAGGGUGGUCUUCAAGGCAAUGUGCUGAACCCAGUUUUUAAGGACAACCUGCGCAUUGCGCUCCUGGGAGGUGGUAAGGCUUGGUCAGAUGAGGGGAGUAGCCUGGGCCCUGACCGUCACGCACGCGAUGUGGAAAGUCUGGACCGCUACGCCAUGGAGCGCUGGGAGGUCAUUCUCCACUUCAUGGUGGGUUCGCCCAGCGCUGCUGUCAGCCAAGACCUCGCCCAGCUACUCACCCAGGCUGGACUCAUGAGGAGUGAGGUGGGGGACGCUCCUUGCAUCACCUCCUCUGGCUUCCAGUUCCUGCUGCUGGACACGGCAUCCCAGCUUUGGUACCUAACCCUGCAGUACCUCAACACUGCUCAGACGAGGGGAAUGGACCUGGUGGAGAUUCUGUCCUUCCUGUUCCAGCUGAGUUUCUCCACUCUGGGACGGGAUUAUUCAGUGGAGGGAAUGAGUGAGUCUCUGCUCACCUUUCUGCAGCACCUGCGCGAGUUUGGCCUCGUCUUCCAGAGGAAGAGGAAGUCUAGAAGGUACUACCCGACACGUUUGGCCAUCACCUUGUCUGCUGGCAUUAGCACCAAUUCCUCCUCCACUUCUACGUCAGGCAUGGGGCCUACACCAGGCACUGGAGAGGCUGGCUUCAUUGUUGUAGAAACCAACUAUCGCAUUUAUGCUUAUACAAACUCUGAGCUGCAGAUUGCUCUGGUGGCUCUGUUCAGUGAGAUGCUCUAUAGGUUUCCUGAUGUGGUGGUGGCGCAGGUCACCAGGGAAUCAGUGCAGCAAGCUAUUGCCAACGGCAUCACAGCACAGCAGAUUAUCCACUUCAUGCGGACCAGAGCACACCCAGUCAUGGUCAAACAGACUCCAGUUCUCCCCUCGACUAUCACUGAUCAAAUCAGGCUGUGGGAACUUGAAAAGGAUCGACUACAGUUCACAGAAGGAGUGCUGUAUAAUCAGUUCCUCUCCCAAGCGGACUUUGAGGUGCUUCGCGACAGAGCUCAGGGUUUGGGGGUAUUGGUAUGGCAGAACCCUGCCCACAGGGUCAUGGUAGUAACACCCCACGGGCACAGCGAGGUGAAGAGAUUCUGGAAGAGACAGAAGAGUCAUACUUAAUAGACAUGGCACAUCUUCAUCACCCACGAAUUACCCAGAAUGAGUCAAGGACAUGCAUAUGGACGGAAAACUUGCUGAACUGGAGGCGGACGUGUAGGAGUGUGGCACACAGAGAUGCUCCAGGCUCAUCUUCUCAGAAGAAGUCAGUAGUGGCCAUGAUGUAUGACAAGCCAGUUGGGAGGACACACUCGUCCUCAUAGCCAUCACUGGAAAUUAACUUAAAACUGGGGUUGUCAGCUAGAUUGUGACUAAAAAAAGAGUGUCGUUAGAACAGUGAAGCCCCAGAUAGGGGUGGACCCUACAAUAAUGAACAUUUAUGGAGGAAUAUACCGGCAGUACAUGCGAUGUAUUUGCUGCAAUUGAUUUGCAUUAUAAAGAGACUUUUUCGUGCAACCAUAUUUUUGUUACGUUAUCAUUUUAUUUGUAAAAGUGUCAAAUAAAUAAAAUCUAAAAACACAUCUAUUCUGUUCAUAGAUCCUUGUGAUAAUAUUGUUUUCAUUCUUCAGACCGCCCUUUGGUGGUUCUUGGGAAACGUGAACCUGUCAGCCCAGCUGUGGAAAGACAGCUGGUGGAUGGAGCUGGAGGGUGGGGGAGCUACCAUCUCCGAGGACAUUCCAUGACAAACCCACCCAAGCGCAAGACAUUGUUUCAAGAUUUUAUUGUAUAAAUUCGUUUAAUUUUAACGGGACAUCUUUUGGGUAGGCGAUACAUUAUACGAACCUUCAGUCUGCCGUGAAACUAAUGCUGCUGUUUUCAUUUUCGUUAGCAUCUGGCUAACUGGAUACCUGC